AUGGCUGCUUACAGAAUGCAGACAAAAUGUUUGUGGAAUGAGAAAAAUAUGAGUUAUGCUCAAAAAGACGUGUGCUACUUCCGAGAUAAAUUGUCAGAUGUAGGUAACAAACAGAUGGACAAUUUGACAAAUACAUCAAUGUUUUUAGUUGUCGAACAUGGCAGUGUGUCUAAUGUUAAAUAUAUAUAUUUUGCUGGUUCUCUUCUGUUGUAUCUAGUAACAGUUUCAGUUAACAUAUUGCUUGUUACUGUUAUUUCACUAAGAAAGAGUUUACAUGAACCCAUGUAUAUCUUAAUAUGUAAUUUAGCUGUAAAUGGUAUUUAUGGCACUACAGCAUUUUUGACAAUCUCUAUGGCAAACAUGCUGCUGGAAAAUGUUUCACCAACUGUGUGUUUUAUUCAAGCAUUUUGUGUCCUGACAUUUUCUACUUCUGAGUGGACUAUAUUCACAGUGAUGGCAUAUGACAGAUACGUUGCAAUCUGCAACCCACUGCAAUAUAUUACUAUUAUGUCUCCUUUAAAGAUAUUAUUUCUUCUUGUAAUUGCAUGGAUAUAUUCAUUCCUUUUGAUUGGAACAAUAUGUUUCACAAAAGGCCUUCAUCGAUGUGGAUCUAAUACAGACAGACCUUUUUGUAACAACAUGUCCCUUGCUAAACUGACUUGCUUUGAUAAUUCAGAUGAUAGUUAUGUGGGACUAAUCCCUGUCUUAAUUGACACUGGGAUCCCAAUGUCUGCUAUAGUCUUUUCCUAUACAAAGGUCCUGAUAGUGUGCUUUAACAAAUCAAAAGAAGCUAGAAAUAAGGCAUUGCAGACAUGCAGUACUCAUGUAGUUGUUCUUGUAUUGUUUAUGAUGGGAUGCUUGUUUGCUGUAAUUGAACCAGAGUUGAGUGUAACAGAAAUACCAGUCACUAUACACUUUAUGUUAUCAUUAGAAUGUAUUCUGGUACCUCCCAUUACAAAUCCAUUAAUUUAUGGAAUUAGAACAGAAAAACUUAGAAAAGAAAUAAUAGCAUUCUUUAAAAGGUAG